AUGGUCCAACCUAUCAUUGCUCCUUCUAUCUUAGCCAGUGAUUUUUGUAAUCUUGGGUGCGAGUGCCACAAGGUGAUCAACUCCGGUGCCGAAUGGUUGCACAUUGACAUUAUGGACGGCCAUUUCGUUCCCAAUAUGUCUUUGGGGCAGCCAGUUGUCGAGUCGUUGCGUAAGGUGAUUGGGAAGUACAACGAUCCAGAUACCAAGUUGCCCAAGGCGUUUUUCGACUGCCACAUGAUGGUGAGCGAGCCUGAGAAAUGGGUAGAGGACUUUGCGAGAAUUGGGUGCGACCAAUUCACGUUCCAUUACGAGGCCACGAAGGAUCCAAAGGGGUUGGUGGAGUUGAUCAAGAAGCACGGGAUGAAGGCCGCGUGUGCUGUGAAACCGGGCACCCCGGUUGAUGUGCUAUACGAGUUGGCACCUGAGUUGGAUAUGGCGCUUGUGAUGACGGUGGAGCCCGGUUUUGGUGGUCAGAAGUUCAUGAGCGAUAUGAUGAGCAAGGUGAAGGAUUUGAGAGAGAGGUUCCCAACGUUGAACAUCCAGGUCGACGGUGGGUUGGGUAAGCAAAACGUCGAACAGGCCUCGGAAGCGGGUGCGAAUGUGAUUGUCGCGGGUACGUCCGUGUUCCGAUCGGACGACCCGGCGGACGUUAUCGGCUUCAUGAAAAGUAAGGUCAAGGAUGCGUUGGUGGCCAAAGACCUCUUGGCAUAG